GCCUGCUUGUUUUUGACAGCGUAUCACUCCCUAAUUCCUAAUAUAAGAUGUAUUGUCAAUCCUUCAGUGCCCUCGAAAAAUAAACAGUGUGAGAGACCUGUCCACACUAUUACAGAGGUGGAAAGAUGGCAGCAUCGAGUAGGAUGACGUCAAAAAAUCUAAACAUGGACCUGCCGGAAAAAGUGGAAGCGGUUGCACAGAAACUGAGCAGGGCGAUUGAACUGGGAGACAAGGAAACAGCAAGUCAGUGCGCUGAGAUCCUGGCAGAGAAACGUAUCCCUGUUACUGUCCAAAUCAAGGAGGCUGUCUUUCCUCAACAUGAAAUCAAGUUAAAAGUUGGGGUUGAAGACUCACAGUCACAUGGUACAUCCAUCACGAUGAAAGUGUUCCCGUACAUGACCAUUGCAACACUGAAGACAAAGGUCUAUAAUGAUUACAGUUUUCAUCCGAAACUGCAGCAGUGGAUCAUCGCCCAUCGAUUGGCAAAGGACCAUGAAACCUUGCACUUCCAUGGCAUUCGGAAGGAUGGGGACACGGCAUUUAUGUAUCUCCUAUCAGGCAAGCAUGCCAACCUCAGACAGAGGCAGUGUGAACUGGAUCGGAUCCUGCUUCUACAAGCAGCAGAGACAGCCAGUGGUAUGUUCAAUUCAAAACUGAACAAUGAAGAUGCUUUUCUUAAGUUGGAAGCACGUGGUGCCCAGGUACAAUCAAAUGAAGCAAACAUUUUGCCAGAGGAAUCAGCAAAGAUUGGUUGGGUGUGUUCAGGUUGCACGUACAUUAAUAAACCAACCCGUCCAGGUUGUGAAAUGUGUAGCACAGCCAGACCAGACAACUACCAAGUCCCAGACAUGUAUCAACCUGAUGAAGAAGAACUCCAGAGAAUGAAGAAUGAAGAAGAAAGUUUUAAACAAUAUGAACAGUCCAAGCGGCUGAAGCGACAAGAGAAUUACAAACUCUUGUUGGAAACAGAUGAACAAAACCUAAUAUCGACCGGGGAAGAUUUUGAAUGUCCAAUUUGUUUAAACGUCUUGGAGAAUGGUGAAGGAGUGACUCUUCGAGAAUGUUUACAUGCCUUCUGCAAAGACUGUCUGAAGCAAACAAUCCUGAGCAGCACUGAAGCUGAUGUGACAUGUCCGUAUAUGGAUCAGCUAUAUUCAUGUGAAAGCAAAAUCCUGGAACGCGAGAUAAAAUACCUCCUGACGGAGAGCGAGUAUCGCACAUACUUAGACAGAAGCUUAGCAAUUGCUGAGAAUCAAAGUGAGAACAGCUAUCACUGUCAGACCCCAGACUGCAAGGGCUGGUGCAUUUACGAAGAUGAUGUCAAUGAGUUUAAUUGUCCCCUCUGUAAGAAGAAGAACUGUCUGCUGUGCAAGGCAAUACACGAAGGAAUGAAUUGCAAACAGUAUCAGGAUGACCUGAAAAUUCAAGCUGAAAAUAACAAAGCUGCAAAACAGACUGCUGACAUGCUCACGGCGUUGCUGCAGAAAGGGGAUGCCAUGAACUGUCCUAAAUGCAAGAUUGUGGUACAGAAGAAAAGUGGCUGUGAUUGGAUACGCUGCACCAUGUGUAAAACAGAGAUUUGUUGGGUGACAAAGGGACCUCGCUGGGGACCUGCGGGCACAGGUGACAUCACUGGAGGAUGCCGUUGCCGUGUUAAUGGUAAACCAUGCCAUCCCAACUGCCAGAAUUGCCACUGAACAGAUGUGUAUCUAGUUAAUCUUGGGCACAGUGAAGCCCAUGGCAGUGAAAGUUUGACAUUUCCUUCUGGUGUGCACAUUACUGUUGUCUGGGGAAGAUGAACCAAUAGUGACAUCCUCUUAAGAAGCUGGAAUUCAAAUAUAUUUCUGCUUCAAAAAAGUGCUGGAUUCCAAUACUGUGGGUAAAAUUAUUUUGUUGUUUACAAAUGCAUUUUGCCCUAAAAUCAUGGUAGUGGAGCAUAUAUGUGAGCAUUCUUGUAUGUAAACGGGUUUCUGCCACACGUCUGGUGAAAUUCAUAGAGGGAAUUCCUAGUCCUGUUAAUGGCACCCCUCUCUGGAAGGUGUUUCAAUCAUAGUUUACAUACAUAGUUACACUGUAGACGGAAACCAUUCAGCCAUUGUGUCUGUACCAUCUCCUUACAUGAGCCCAGUAAUAACAUCUCUUUUGCUUUUUUCUCUGCAACUAUUUUUGAUUCACUUAAUUACGCAGUUCCCUGCAAACUACACGUCAAUGUACCAUCACCAUACUGUCAGGUCACAUAUUCCACACCCUCACCACUCACUGUGUAAACAAAAUUUCUGCAGGUCACCUUGAAGCAGUGUCCUUGAGCUCAAGUCCCUCUGGCAAUGAGAAGUUUCUCUCCAAUGAUCCAUCCAGCUGCUAUCUUCUCAAAUCUCCCCUUCUCAAGGAAUAUAGUCCUUCUUUCAACUCUGUUCCCCAGGCUCUCCAAUGACUUCACAUCCUUCCCACUGCUGGUCUCCUUGUUUCUACACUACCUUUAGAAAUAUAUCCUUUAAUUUCCUUUUCUCACUCUUCCAACCAAAAUGUAUAUCUCAUUUGUUUGCAUUAAAUCAGUCUACCAGCCUGUCUCUCCACUUUUAAUAAACUGAAAGAAUGGGAAAACCCCAAGGAUUUCUACAGGUAUAUAAGGGAUAAAAAAAAUGACGAGUAAGAUUAGGGCCAAUCAAUGGCAGUAGUGGGAAGUUGUAUGUGGAGUAAGAAGAGAUAGAAGAGCUAAAUGAAUAUCAUUCGCCAGUAUUCACAUUGGAAAAAGACAAUGUUGUCAAGGAGAAUACUGAGAAACAGACUACUAUACUAGAUGGGAUUAAGGUUCACAAGAAGGAGGUCUUAGAAAUUCUGGAAAGUGAAAAUAGAUAAAUCUCCAAUGCCGGAUAAGAUUUAUCUGAGGAUUUUCUGGGAAGCCAGGGAGGAGAUUACUGAGCCUUUGGCUUUGAUCUUUAUGUUGUCAUUGUCUACAGGAAUUGUACCAGAAGACUGGAGAAUAGCAAAUGUUGUUCCAUUGUUCAAGAAGGAAAUCAGAGACCACCCUAGUAAUUAUAGACCAGUUCAGUUGUGGGUGAAGUGUUAGAAAAGGUUAUAAGAGAUAGGAUUUAUAAGCAUCUUGAUAGGAAUAAGUUGAUUAGGGAUAGUCAACAUGGUUUUGUGAAGGAUAGGUCAUGCCUCACAAACCUUGUUGAGUUCUUUGAGAAGGUUACUAAACAGGUGGAUGAGGGUAAAACCGUUGGUGUGGUGUAUAUGGAUUUCAGUAAGGCGUUUGAUAAGAUUCCCCAUGGGAACCUUUUGUGCUGUACAAAAUAUGGAGGCAUGGGAUUGAGGGCAAUUUAAUGGUUUGGAUCAGGAAUUGGCUAGCUGAAAGAGACAGAAGGUGGUGGUUGAUGGGAAAUAUUCAUCUGGGAGUUCAGUUACUAGUGGUGUACCACAAGGAUCUGUUUUGGGUCCACUGCGGUUUGUCAUUUUUAUAAAUGACCUGGAUGAGGGCAUUUAAGGAUGGGUUAGUAGAUUUGUGGAUGAUAUUAAGGUCAUUACAAAUAUGGAUAGUGCCAAAGUACAUUGAACUGAGGUGCAGCAAAUGGAGUUUAAUGUAGAAAAGUGUGAGGUGAUUCACUUUGGAAGGAGUAACAGGAAUGCAAAUGGUAAGAUUCUUGGUGGUGUAGAUAAGCAGAGUGAUCACGUUGUCCAUGAAAAUAGAUUCCUCAAAGUUGCCAUGCAGGUUGAAUAGGAUUGUUAAGAAGGUAUACGGUGUUAGCUUUUAUUAGUAGAGGGAUCAAGUUUCAGAGCCAUGAGGUCAUGCUGCAGCUGUACAAAACUCUGGUGCAGCCACACUUGGGAGUAUUGCUUACAGUUCAGGUCACCGCAUUAUCAGAAGGAUGUGCAAGCUUAGGAAAGGGGCCAGAGGAGAUUUACUAGGAUGUUGUCGGAUAUGGAGGCAAGUCUUACAAGGAAAGGUUGAGGGACUUGAAGUUGUUUUCAUUAGAAGGAGGUUGAGAGGUGACUCUUUUAAGAUAGAGCCUUUCGCCAAGGGUGGUGAUGGCUUGCAUGAGGGGGCAUAGCUUCAAUAUGAGCGGUGAUAGAUAUAGGACAGAUGUCAGAGGUAGUUUCUUUACUCAGUAGGAGGGGUGUGAAACACACUGCCUGCAACAGUUGUACACUCGCUAACUUUAUGGGAAUUUAAAUUGUCACUGGAUAGGCAUAUGACGAGAAUGGAAUAGUGUAGGUUACAUGGCCUUCAGAUUGGUUUCACAGGGCGGUGUAACAUCAAGGGCCAAAGGGCAUGUACUGCACUGUAACAGUUUAUGUUCUAAGGAAGGCUUACCAGACCCUCAAAACAUUAACUUUGAUUUCUCUUUGCAUUUGCUACCAGACCUGCUCAGCUUUUCCAGCAACUUCUGCUUUUGUUUCUAUGCUCUUGAGGUCUAUUGCCAUACUCCACAUGGUCCACAGUUUUGUGUCAAAUAAAAAUUAAGGUUUGUCACUUACACAAGCACAUCUAGAUUAUUAACGAAUCAAAAAAAACCAAUGGCCCUAGUACCAACCCAAGAAUCCACUUAUUUUAUUCAACUUUAAUAAGUUUGUUAUGUAGCAUUUUUUUAAAUACCUCGUGGAAAUAUACAAGUGCACACAGCUUUCUCUCCACUAAGCUAUACAAUAUAGGAUAACAUGGUGGCUCAGUGGUUAGCACUGCUGCCUGUGUUUGAUUCCAGCCUCAGGUGACUAACUGUGUGGAGUUUGCACAUUCCCCCAUUGUCCAAACAUGUGUUGGUAAGGUGGCUUGGCUAUGCUAAAUUAACCAGUAUCCAAGAAUGUUCAGGGUAGGUAGAUGAGGCAUGGGAGAUGCAGGAUUAUAGGGAUGGGGUGGGAGGGAUACCCUUCAGUGGGUUGGUGCGGACUCGAUGGGGCAAGUGACCUGCUUCCAUAUUGUAGGGAUUCAGUGAUGAAUCUCAAAGGGAGAGUUGGAUGCUGAUAUUUAGACAACAGCUGAGCAUGAUAUUUGCAUUGAAAAAAAAACACACACACAU